AUGGCGAUAGCGACGGUGGAAAAAGAUGCGCUGGAACUCUUAAUCGGUCACAUUCCUCCCAGUACCACUUCCACACGCCAUCUCGAGUGUUGCUGUGGCCGGAAAGAUUGCGCAUUUCUGAAUCAUAACUGCUCGGCGCUAGACGAUUUGGAGAAGGAAGUUCAUACGGCUGCCACCCUAGGCCAGGCUCUUCUUGUCCGCCAUGAGCAGUACAUGCAAGAUGCCGAGCGAGAUCGCUUGGAUAUGACGGAGAAAAUAGAGCAACUCGAGACGGAGAAGAAGGAGCUGGAGGAUGCGAACGAGAAGAAUGCGCAAGAAAACAAAACUCUUCUUGACCAGCUCGAAGGGCUCAACACCACCGCUGUCGAGUCCGAGACAUAUAUCAAGUCGCUCGAAACCACACUUCAGUCGACUCGCCAAGAGAUGCGGAGAUUAGAGACUUUGGCUGCGCGGACACACGAACUUGAGCUGCAACUUGCGGGCUUGGAAGAGGAGCAAGACGUACUGAAGAACACUGUGCUCAAAUCAGAGGUAGAGGAACGCUCAGCUAUCCAGAGAUGGAAAAAGGCGGAAAGGGGUAUAUGUGAUUUGCAAGAUGAGCUUGAACGAAUAGAGCGGGAGGCUAGGGAAGAAAGGGAGCGACAUGUGGAGGUACUCGGUCGUAUGGAAAGACAAAGGCUUGUUGAGAAAGAGCUGGAUACCACGGUCGGACGGCUGAAGGCUACAGCUACGACAGGUGGUCCAAAGAACGGUACCAAUGUCGUUUCACACUUCGUCAAGGAUAUACUUCAAGACAAUGCCAAUUUGCAGAUGGGUAUUAUGGAGCUGAGGGAAAUGUUGAUGAAUUCAAAUGAUGAGGUUCAGGCUUUACGGGAGCAACUUCUCCUACAUCAACCUAUUGAGAGGGGGGGCGGUUCGACAGUCCCAGCUAAUCUGCGAGCGGAGCUUGACAGCUUCACAGAUAUCAAGGGUAAUUACCCUAAGCUCUCUCAGGCUGACAGAGAAAGGGAAGCGUCAUCGCAACGUCUUCCUGGUACUUCUGAACCUCCAAUUGUGUCUCAAGAGCUACACAUUCAUCAUCACUACCACUCGAAGAAGGAGGAGCUGCGAAGACCAAAGAAAAAGCGGGUCUCGCUCAACAUGGCAACGUUCACUCCUCCAAGAUUAUCUCAAUCAUCCAGAGACCUUCAAUCGCCAAGAUCUCCAAGAACACCUCGAGGCCCCGAUGCCGCCAGCGCAAUACUGUCACAGACGUCCGUCACCAUUCCUGGGCCGCAUACUCCAGCCAGUAAUCGAUGGUCUGUCCAAUCAUCCAACCAGAUGUCGGACUUUGCACCAUCUUCAGUGCCCUCAUCACCUCAAUCUGCAUAUCGAAACAGUAUGCUUUUUGAUAGACUAGGCGGUUACGAUCUGGACUCAUCACGUCCAACCUCACCAGGAUCUAGUAUCGAUCCAAUGUCUCCACAAAUCGCUCCAUUCCACAGAAAGCGAGGAUCAGAAGUUUCUACGCGAAACUUGCCAAUCAACUUUCAACCGCACAGUAUCAUUAAAGAGGAGGAUGACGACGUUCAUGAAAUUCAGGAUCUUGGUACUCCUACUUUAAAUCUUGAUACGAGCUUCACGGAUGACUCCAACAAUGUUGAUUACCUAUCAUCGGCAAGUCAAGUUGAUGUGUGGGAUAGUCCAUACCGGCCAACACUCAGACGGACAACUUCUCACGAAUCCAUUAUAUCAGUAUCUGGCCUAGACAUUCAUACGCUCAAAUCACGUCCAUCACAAUUGACGAUCAAGUCCGGUAUAUCAAUGUAUCGUCCUCGUUCUGGCACUCCAUCCUCCAUAGUCUCAGUCAACACCGCAGUUACUGCACGCCCAACUCUCACACGAAGUACUCACGACAGUACAUCCUAUCUCCGCUCAAGCAUUCAAAACGAUCGUUCAGACGCCCGCUCUAUCUCGUCCAGCGGCUCCACCGAUAAUCCUAAUCACAAUAAUAAUAAUAAUAACAACAAUCGUCUCGGUAACAAACUCGGCGGCUGGGUCUUUGGUCGUUGGGGCGUUAGUCCGGCGAAAUCACCAACCACCCCACAAGAUCCUCUGAAGGCGUUCAUGGGCAGAGCCCCGGGGAUUAAUCAGAAAGGUCCCAUUCCUGGGUUCGUGAAGAGAAUCGAGAGACCGCCUAGUAAAGUCACGGCUGAUAAUGUGGAUCGUGCUGCGUUACUUGAGGUUCUGGGGGAGGAAGAGAAUGAGUCAUGA